AGCUGAAGCUGGGAGAACAGUACUGAAACUGAGCACACAAUUUACUGAGGAAACAAUAGGAUUAAAACAAGGGCACAUUACGUGCAUUAUCCUGAAACAAAAGCAGGAUAAUGCAUAAACCUAAAGGGAACCCAAGAACACACACCGGUAAUGAGAGAAGAGGUAGCCAGAGCGGCAGGACUCAUUCCAGGAGCCAUGCUAAUGCUUCAAGUGGCCAAUUUACCUUUGCUACACAAGAUCAUUUAAAUGAUUUGAUGGGUGGUUUUGGAGGAAUGUAUACAAGAUUUCAAUCUCAAAGCAAUGUGCCGAGGUUUCAUAACAAUAGAGUGAGAUCACACUCUGUGAACCGGGUAGAAGGAUCAAUAUAUUCUCUACAACAAACAUCUGCAGGAAGCCAGCAAGGCAACACCAAUCCUGGCAACCAUUCAAGACGUCAUAGUGGGCAGUCUACUCCAACUGGAAAAGGUAAAGGACAAUCAGACCACAGAGAGAGGCCUCAUCAAAAUGAUGUCUCAGGUUUUAGAAGACUUGAGAGUCCAUUUCCUCAAACAAACAGGGCACCACACCAGCAAUUUAAUAGCUCUGGGAGUCGACAACGUCACAAAAGUCCAGCGAGAGGUGUCUAUCCUGAGUAUGAAACACGUCAGUUUAGUGUUUUUCAACCAGAAUACCUCUCUCUUGGAAAUAGAACACAAAGUAUGCAGAAUUUAUCUCACUCCACAAAUGAUUUAAACAGAGAAGCAAAGAACAGCAGUACUGAUUUUAAGGAAAAACGUCCUCACAACAAGCAAAAAGUAGAUCCUAUACAUAAGAAAAUAGAUCAACGUACAAUCACAAAGUUGUCUACCUUGGAACCGGCAGAGAUGAUAAUGCAGCUUGCUGCCCCACGAAGUGGUCUUAAAGAAUUUCUGAAUGAAACCAACUAUGAUUUCCAGGUGGUGCAAAGUUUUUUGAAGGUGCUAAAUGAAGCAAUAGGAUGUACUGCUAGUCGUCAAAACCUUAUACAUAUCCUGCAUCAAGUUCAGAAUUCUGCUUUCUUACAUCAAGCUAUCCCUUACCAUUUUCUAAAUUAUUCGACAAAUCACACACAAGAAAGUAGACCAUUUUCACCCAUUGAGCAUACUCUUGUUUUACUCACAGAGUUAGCAAGUGUCUUUCCAUCUAGUUCUUUUAUGGAAGUGACCGUAGCAAAAACCAUAGUGCAAAAUGCCAUUGACGACUUAAAAAAGUGUGGAAAGACAUGUCCUCAAGACAUACAGGUAAAAAUGGACAGUCUAAAUAACUUACUCAAACAUUUAGAGGAGAAAAAGAGUCAAGGCACUUUGAGAUCUGAUAACUCUAUUUACUUUGUGGGAAGCAGGAACUUAAUAGAUGAUGAUUUUAGGAGUACAUCUAUCUAUCCUACACAUGAAGAUAUCUAUUUGGCUCAUAACCCAAUUUUGCGUCCAAAUUUAAUCCAUGGAUCAUAUCCUGAUACCAAAACAUAUCUAGAUACCCAUUUUCGCCUUCUAAGAGAAGACUUCAUCCGUCCACUAAGAGAUGGCAUUUCUAAACUCCUGACCUUGAAAGAAAAGGAGAUAGUCAGAACUAAAUUUGAUAACAUACGAAUCUACUUUGGCACACAGAUCACAGCUCCAGUUUUUACUAAGAAUGGGAUCAUUCACACCGUCAAAUUUAAUACAAGUAAUCUGCAACAAGUUCGUUGGGAGAGUUCAAAACGACUGCUCUAUGGAUCUCUUGUUUGUCUUUCCAAAGACAACUUUAAAAACAUGCUCUUUGCCACAGUGGCUGACAGAAGUGUUUCUGAUCUUAAGAAUGGACUGAUAAGUUUGAUGUUUACGGAAGAAAGUCGACAAAAGCUGGCACAGCAUGUUGUUGCAGAUACAUAUCUUAUGGUUGAAGCCACAGCUUACUUUGAAGCAUAUCGUCAUGUUUUGGAGGGCCUGAAAGAAAUGGUGGAGAGUGACGUUCCAUUCAAGAAUAACAUAAUUCAUUGUAACACAGGAAUGUCGCCUCCUAUAUAUUUAUCACAAAACUCUUCUGGUUACAGCCUGGAAAUGCUCGUUAAAAAGCACACUUCUACACAGGUGCCUUUGCCAAACCACAACCCUUAUUUCCAUCAAUACAAGCCUCCUUUUCAUGUCCUUGAUCAUAAUACUUGGCCAACAAAAGAACAGCUAGAUUUGGAUGAUUCCCAGUUUCGAGCACUUCAGAUGACUCUGACAAGUGAACUUAGCAUUAUACAAGGCCCACCAGGCACAGGUAAAACGUUUGUUGGACUGAAAAUUGUGCAUGCUCUUCUAUCAAACUCCGAGGUCUGGAAAGAAGGACAUAGCCCCAUACUCAUUGUUUGCUACACAAAUCAUGCUCUAGACCAGUUUCUGGAAGGCAUCCUUUCAUACAAGACAUGUAACAUAGUCAGAGUAGGAUCUAGGAGUAACAGUGAAAUUCUGAAAAAUUGUUCCUUGUCCAAGAUUCGCAAUCAAAAAACUCGUGCCAACCUUCCGGGGUAUAUGAGAGCACUUCAUGCAGAGAUGGGAGAUGAAAAGAAAAAGGUGCAAGAAAAGUUACUUGAGAAGGCAAGUCAACUUCGCGUUGCCACUACUGGAAUUCUUCAUGAGAGUGUCUUGGAAAAGUUCAUUAUAGAAAAGCAUUUCAAAAGCCUCAAGGAUCAACAGGAAUAUAUGGACAGCUCAAAAAUCAGUGUCAUGGUGGAAUGGUUGAGCAUCUCUACAGCAAACUAUGCUUCAAGCCUAGAUUUCAAUCUUUUGGACGAAGCAUGUCUUGUUGAUGAAAGUGAUGACUCAUUUAGUAAUUCCAAUGUUUUGGAGGAAGAAACAAACGAAGAUUUCAUAAAAAUUGAUGAGGAAGCUGAGUUGGCAGAAAGAGAACGCAUGAUUGAGGAAGAUGAUGAUGUCAAACAGCAGAUCUUGAUGGCUCAGCGAAGAGCAGCAAGAACAAAAAGAGAAAUCCUGGCUUUUAUACCCGAUGAAAAUGACGUUGGUGACCAAGGCACGGAAGAAGAAGAGUGGCAGAUGCAAAAAGACGUUAAAAAAAAGAUGAAGAAACGGAUAAAACAUGAGCUUGACAAGACAUCUCAUAUGGAUGAAGCAACUUGCAAUGAAAUCGAUGAUAUCUGGUCCCUACCACUUACAACCCGUUGGGAGGUAUACAGGUUGUGGAGAGCCAAAUAUCUCACUUCUAUACGUGAUGCCAUCUUUACAUUUGAGAACAUAUACCAGAUAUUGGUAAACAGAUCAAAUGAACUAAGAAGCCAGGAAGACCAAUUAAUUUUACAAGAGGCCGAUAUUAUAGGCAUGACCACAACAGGCGCCGCCAAGCAUCGAAAACUACUUCAAACUAUCCAGCCUAAAAUUGUGGUGGUUGAAGAAGCAGCAGAGGUUUUGGAGGCUCACAUUGUUACAACACUGAGCUCUGGUUGCCAGCAUCUUAUCUUGAUUGGAGAUCAUCAGCAGCUCCGUCCAAGCACGACAGAUUAUGACCUAGCAAGAAAUUUCAACCUUGAAGUUUCUAUGUUUGAGAGGCUGAUCAAGAUGAAUAUUCCAUAUGUUCGUCUUGACUACCAGCACCGCAUGAGACCUGAAAUUGCUCGUUUACUCACUCCACAUAUUUAUGACAAAUUGGAGAACCAUGAUUCUGUGUUGAAGUUUGAAAACAUUAAGGGAGUCUGCAGUAACCUCUUUUUUGUGACCCACACUCAUCCUGAAGAACAUAUCAGAGAAGGCAAAAGUCACCAGAAUUCUCAUGAAGCUGAUUUUGUGAAAUCCCUCUGCCUCUAUUUUCUUCACCAAGGGUACCAACCAUCUCAGAUCACCAUACUUACAACCUACUCUGGACAGCUCUACUGCAUACAAAAAAAGAUGCCUAGGUCCACAUUUGAGGGAGUCAGGGUUUGUGUUGUUGAUAAGUUUCAGGGGGAAGAAAAUGACAUUAUCAUCCUUUCACUAGUAAGAAGCAAUAGUGUUGGGAGCGUUGGGUUCCUUCAAAUCCCAAACCGUGUCUGCGUUGCCUUGUCCAGGGCCAAGAAAGGGUUAUUUUGUAUAGGUAAUAUGCAGCUGCUUUCCAAAGUACCACUCUGGGAAAAAAUUAAUGAAGUCUUAACAGAAAAUGGACAGAUUGGUAGUGAGUUGAAGUUGCAGUGUGCAAAUCACCCUAACAACAUAAAUUAUGUGUCUGUAUCUGAAGAUUUUACUAGAGUCCCAGAAGGUGGUUGUAUGAAUCUUUGUGAAUAUAGGCUUGACUGCGGCCAUGUUUGCACACUGCGGUGUCACCCUUAUGAUCCAGAACAUAAAUCAUUCAAGUGCUUAAAAGAAUGUAUUAAAGUCCCAUGUGAAAAUGGGCACAAGUGUACAAAACCAUGUAGUGAACCUUGCGGAAAGUGCUCACAAAUGGUGCCAAAGAAGAUUUCCACAUGUGGACACAUGCAGGAUAUGCCAUGUUCAUACUCUCCAGAUAAAUUUGUAUGCCAAGAACCAUGUACUAAAAUCUUACAAUGUGGUCACCCAUGUGUGCGAACAUGCGGUCAGAUUUGUACACAAAGGUGCCCUGAAAAAGUAGAUAUUAUUUUGGAAUGUGGGCACUCAAACAAAACUCUAUGCCAUCUGAAAUCCGAUGUAGCAAUGACUGGAGAGAAGUUAAUUUGCAAGGUGCGUUGCCAAGAAGAACUUUCUUGCGGUCACAGUUGCCCAGGCACCUGCAACAGCUGCAAGGAACGAGGCUCUCAUAUGAACUGUACAAAGCCAUGUGACACUGUCUUGUUGUGCUCUCAUAGAUGUGACCAAAUUUGCUCAUCAGAAUGCUUUUGCAUAUGUUCUUGUGAAAACAAAUGUUUUCAUAAAAAAUGUGUUUCCAAAUGCAGUGACCCUUGCCAGCCUUGCACGAAACCGUGUGGAUGGAAAUGCAAACACAGGAGUUGCACAAACCGGUGCUGGGAGCCUUGCAAUAGAGACCCUUGCGAUGAACCCUGCAGGAAAAAACUCAACUGUGGACACCCAUGUAUUGGCUUCUGCGGGGAACCCUGCCCCAAUAAGUGCAGAAUUUGUAAUGCAGAUGAGGUGAAUGAAAAUGUCUUUGGCAGAGAGGUUUAUCCAGAUGCCAAGUUUGUUCAACUGUUAGACUGUCCUCACAUGUUUGAAGUGACAUCUUUUACGGAAUGGAUAAAUCAGGAGGAAGAAGGCAAAGUGAUAAAACUAAAAUCGUGCCCUAAAUGCUUAAUACCCAUCAGACGAAAUGUACGAUACGGAAACCUGAUUAAACAGACCCUUUUAGACCUUGAGGCAGUAAAAGAACGGAUAGUUGGCAAAUGGCUUAACUGUUUAGAAGUUUUCCUUUGUGAUAACGAAGCUGAAUUUAAACACUUUCCAGCAAUUGAGAGAACAAUGCAAAAGCUUAAAGAAAACAUUAUUACCCUUCGCAUGUUGAUGCUAGUAAGUGAGAAAUUGAUUUUCUGGAAGAAGCUUGGAAGUAUCAAAAACAGGUUAGAGCCAUUUUCUACAGUUAUAGUUUCCUGGGGAAAUACAGAAAAGCUUUCUGACCUUAUUGAAGAAGCACCAAAUAAACACAGCAUUUCAGAUUUGCACUAUGACCUCUUCAAGUUAGUUCUCAAAGCAGAAUACCUAAUUUUACAAGAAAAAGGGUUGGUAUCGUACAUUGGAAACAUCACAGCCCUGGUCAGUAAAAUGGAAAAUAAGGCCAUAACCCUGGAUGAUGUUCGAUUAACAUUAAGAAAAAUUCCACUCCACAUGGAAAUGGUCAGUAUAAUAGAGAACAAAAACAAUGUUCUCAAUAUGGAACUGCUAAAACAAGGCAUGUGGCACAAAUGCUCUGCUGGUCACAUUUAUAAUGGCAUUGAAGAAGAGGAACUUGAUUGUCCCCAGUGCACUGAUGAAGACUCAGAUGAUGAAGACCAGGAGGAUUGAAGAGCAUGGUAGAAAAGGCUUUCUUUUUGACCAUUUUCUGGUUUUAUCUAGCAAUAUAAAAAAUGAUGCAGAUAUAAAGUUAUUUACAAACAAUCAUGUCAUUUUGUGAAAUUUGCACUUUAAAAAAUAAAAAUAAUUUAACCUAGAGUGCACAGUCCCAAGUUCUGCACUAUGUAAUAUUAUGUAGAACACAAGAAAAAAAUAAACAAAAAUCGCACUAAAUCUAAUUAAAUCAAAUAAACAAUGGUGCAGCAUUAAUAUUUUGGAUUUGGGCACCUAUUAAAUGUACACUGUUUUCAGUACAAGAGAGGCCAUUUACCAAGUAUAAUUGAAGCAAUGCAUCAGUUGUGGAAACAAAAAAAAUUCAAAAGAAAAGAAAAUGGUCUAAUUUCUGGCUAGUCAUUGGUGAGAUAUGACAAAUCAUCUUACAUCAUAAAAUUAUCCUAGAUAAAUGAAUAUCUCUUCAUGCACAUCUGAUCCAGCCAA